CGCUUUAUAAAGCAGGGUUAGCACGCGCCCCUUCCGGUUUCUUUCCCCCUCUCCGCAUCCUCCACCCGCGCUUCUCCCUAAAUCUCCCUAAACCCUAGAGGAGAUCCCCUCCCCCCGCGCGGCGAUCGCCGCGAUCCGGUUCUACCCCCGUUCGCCGGGCCGCCGCCGUGGUAGAUGACCAUGGUGACCCCGCGCGCACCCGAGCUCCUGCAGCAGGACCAGGAUGAGGAGAUGCUGGUGCCAGACCAGGAUGUUGUUGUUGAGGGACCUCAGCCGAUGGAAGACUCUGGAUCAACAGUUGAGAACGAGCAGGUACCAGAAACCUCUACGUCCAGAUUUACGUGGACCAUUGAAGAUUUUUCGAAUCACAGAAAGCUGUACUCUGAUGUUUUUGUGGUUGGGGGGCACAAAUGGCGGGUGUUAGUUUUUCCAACUGGAAACAGUGUACAGUCCCUUUCGAUGUACCUAGAUAUUGCUGACGCAAAUGAACAGCCUCAUGGAUGGAGUAAAUAUGCACAGUUCAGCCUUGCUGUGAUCAACCAGUUAGACAGCAAGUACUCACUAAGAAAAGAAGCAGCACAUCAUUUCAGUACUCGGGAAAGUGAUUGGGGCUUCACUUCUUUUAUGCAUUUAGGAGAUCUAUAUGAUCCGACUAAAGGUUAUAUUGUGAAUGAUAAAUGCAUUAUUGAGGCUGAGGUUGCUGUGCGUAAAAUAGUUGAUUUCUGGAAUUAUGAUUCCAAAAAGGAGACUGGCUAUGUUGGCCUUAAGAAUCAAGGGGCUACAUGCUACAUGAAUUCUCUUCUUCAGACGCUUUACCAUAUUCCGUACUUCCGAAAGGCUGUAUACCAUAUGCCAACUACAGAGAAUGAUACACCUUGCGGGAGCAUCCCUUUGGCUUUGCAAAGUCUUUUCUGCAAACUUCAGCAUAGUGACAAUAGUGUUUCUACAAAAGAGCUUACCAAAUCUUUUGGAUGGGAUACCGUUGAUUCUUUCCUGCAGCAUGAUGUUCAAGAACUGAAUCGUGUUCUCUGCGAAAAACUGGAAAACAAAAUGAAGGGAACUACUGUGGAAGGGACAAUUCAACAGCUAUUUGAAGGUCAUCAUAUGAAUUAUAUUGAGUGCAUUAAUGUUGACUACAAAUCUACAAGGAAAGAAUCAUUCUAUGAUCUUGCACUUGAUGUCAAGGGCUGUUCAGAUGUUUAUGCAUCAUUUGAUAAGUAUGUUGAAGUAGAGAGAUUGGAAGGUGAUAAUAAAUACCAGUCUGAGAAACAUGGUUUGCAGGAUGCCAAGAAAGGGAUGCUUUUUAUUGACUUCCCUCCAGUCCUGCAAGUUCAAUUAAAGCGGUUUGAAUAUGAUUUUGUGCGGGAUACCAUGGUUAAGAUAAAUGACCGCUAUGAGUUCCCAUUACAAUUAGAUCUUGACAAGGAUGAUGGAAAAUACCUCUCUCCAGAAGCUGACAGGAGGGUGCGUAACCUCUAUACUCUACACAGCGUACUUGUUCAUAGUGGUGGUGGUCAUGGUGGACACUACUACGCCUUUAUACGCCCGGCACUUUCAGAUAUAUGGUACAAGUUUGAUGAUGAACGAGUGACAAAAGAAGACAUGAAGCGGGCAUUAGAGGAGCAAUACGGUGGCGAGGAAGAGCUCCCACAUACCAAUCCUGGAUUGAAUACCACCCCGCUUAGGUUUACUAAGCAUUCAAAUGCUUACAUGCUUGUGUACAUUCGUGAAAGUGACAGAGAAAAAAUUAUUUGCAAUUUAGAUGAAAACGACAUACCAGAACACCUUAAGAUUAGGUUGAGAAAAGAAAAUGAAGAAAGAGAGUAUAAGAAAAAGGAGAAAGCAGAGGCCCACAUGUUCACUGCAUUAAAGGUUGCCCGAGAUUCUGAUUUUGCAGAGCAAAUUGGAAAACAUAUAUAUUUUGAUCUUGUGGAUUAUGACAACAUCCAAAGCCUUCGGGCACCUAAACAUUUGACAAUAAACCAGGCCAAGGUCGAUUUAUCAAAAGAAUUUGGUAUUCCUGUACAAUCCCAACGAUUUUGGUUAUGGGCUAAGCGACAGAACCACACAUUUAGACCCGUACGCCCGUUGACUCUCCAGGAGGAAGCAUCUAGUAUUGGACACCUUACAGAUCCAUCAAAUAAAUCACUCAAUUCUGAGUUGAAACUGUUCUUGGAGGUUGCAUUGGGACAGGAAAAUCAUCCUAUUUCUGUGCCUCCAAAGACAAAGGAUGACAUAUUAAUAUUCUUCAAGCUGUAUGAUCCUGAAAAGGAAGAGCUAAGAUAUGUUGGAAAACUUCUUGUGAAAGCAUCAGGGAAGCCAGCUGAUAUAGUGCAAAAAUUGCAAGAGAUGGCAGGGUUUCAGUCAGAUGAAGAUAUUGAACUGUAUGAGGAAGUAAUGUUCGAGCCAAGUGUAAUGUGUGAACCUAUUAACAUUAAUGAUUCCUUCCUUUCAAGCCAGCUUGAAGAUGGUGACAUUAUAUGCUACCAAAAACGUUGUUCUCCAGAAAAGUUGGACCACUAUCGCUGUGCCGAUGUGCCAUCUUUCUUUGAAUAUAUCCAAAAUAGACAGGUUGUCCACUUCAGAUUACUUGAGAAUCCAAAAGAUGAUGACUUCACUUUGGAGCUUUCAAAGCGUUUCACGUAUGAUGAUGUUGUUGAAAAAGUUGCUAAUCAACUUGGACUCGAUGAUCCUUCCAAACUCCGCCUUACACAACACCUCCCGUAUUCACAGAUGCCCAAAUCUCACUACAUUAAGUAUAGAGGUCUUGAUCAUCUUUCGGACAUGCUAAGGAAUGGCAAUCAGAUGUCUGACAUAUUGUAUUAUGAGAUACUGGACAUCCCUUUGCCAGUACUGCAAGAUCUGAUAACAUUGAGAGUUGCCUUUUAUCAUGCUACAAACAAUGAGGUGUCAUCUCACUUUAUACGGUUGCCAAAAGGUAGCACUAUGUCUGAUUUGAUUGAGGACAUGAAAUCCAAGGUUGAGUUAUCUUAUAGUGAUGCUGAAUUCCGGUUAUUUGAGGUCUACAAAAACAAGAUACGCAAGGUGUAUCAACCUUCGGAGAAAAUUUCAGUUAAUGAAUUCAAUGGACUGUUAUGUGUUGAAGAGGUUCCUGAAGAAGAGAAAAAUGCUGGUGUGCGAGACCGUUUGGUUCAUGUCUGUCACUUCAUCAUAGAAAAACAGCACAUUGAUUACUACGGAGAACCUUUCUUCUUUCUUAUCCGUGAUGGUGAGACAUUAUCAGAUAUCAAAGUGCGUAUUCAGAAGAAACUUCUGGUUUCUGAUGAGCAGUUUGCGAAGUGGAAAUUUGCUUAUAUUGCUCACAAUCGCCUGGCUGGUGAAUACUUUCAAGAUUCAGAUAUCGUAUUGAGCCGAUUCCAGAAAGAUGUUUAUGGACCAUGGGAACAAUGCCUAGGACUUGAGCACUCAGACGUCACCCCAAAAAGGUCAUGCUUGUCCAAUCAGAACCGCAAUUCUUUCGAUAAGGCUGUGAAGAUUUUCAACUAGAGGUGGUUAAAUUAUCACAUUUAUGUGAUGUAUCCAGAGCUCUCACCUGCCGUAGUACAAGCUAAUGAGAUCAUCAAGAGCACCUUAAUUUAUUCCUCACCCGGCAAAGUUCAUUGUCUUCUUCUAGACAUAUAGUCAUUAUUUUGGUCUGCGCAAGAAGGCGUUGCACAGUCUGGUGUGGUCGGUUGAAAGAAAUUUUCCAUCUGGUUGGGUGUACAGGGUUCUUUAAUGUUGGAAUUCUUAGUUGUUUUUAGGUAGAUUCUGAAAGCUGUAUAUUGGGCAUGGGCUGAUCAUCCCAGUGGUUUUUGUUUCACCAUGGGGUUUUGUGGGAUAACUGUUGAUGCCCACAUAAUAUGAUCGAAAUCUAUUUCAGGUUUAAAUCGAAAGGGGAAUCUGUUUUCGUUUGUAACGUUAAACUACACAUUUUGAGAAAAUUGUCUCCUUGGGAGGGUGCCAAUAUGGUGAAACAAAGUGAGCUUAAAAGGUC